AUGGCCGCCUACAGGCCCGGGGUCCUCAUCGGCAACUGGAAGGAGGACGCGAGUCUGGAGGAGGACCGCUUGAGGGAUUUUAUGCAUAAAAGAGAACGAGGAGAACUUUUAAUACAGAAAAUAAACAAACUGCAAGAUAAUCUUUUCAAGAAGAUACGGCUGUCGGUGUCUAAGGAUGGAUUUGUUCAUUAUGGAGACACUGUGAUGCUUCUGAACCCAGAGAGCAAACCCUCGGUGGAGAAUUGCCCCGGGCUCUGCGGCAGACUGACUUUGGCCAUCAAUCUGGAUGAACUAUCCGUGCAUUCGGCCGAAUCACUGCAAGCCCCUCAUGGGGUUAGCGCAGUUGAGAGUGCGGACCCUGUGGGACGAAAUACUUUUUGUAUUUUAAGUGUUAAUGGAGGUACAGUAGGUGAACCCAUUAGAUUUGGGCAAAACUUUCGUCUUGGAACGACAGGAGGGUUUUCUGACCAAAUGUUAUAUCUAGCAAGUGACCAUAAAUCAUUUAUAAGAUUUGCUAAAAAAUCUUACCUUCAGCAAGUAUUUUUGACAGCUGAGCUUUCCUAUUUGACUUGCUGGCAAGCUACCUUCUUGGAUCCACAGCUGCGUCUUGAAUAUGAAGGAUAUCCAGUUCCUGCAAACUCUAAAAUGAUUAUUACUCAUUGCCAUACUAAUCGGAGCUUAGCCGUUCCAAGGAACUUUUGGACAUGGUCUUAUUUUGGAAAAGAAUAUGAAGUAAUUUGUCACACUUAUCUGGACUCCCAUAAAGCUGAAGAAGAUAAGAAUUACUGGGUAAUAGUUACAGGAAAUCCAAGCGAUGAGGAUGGUACAAUGAUUGAUAGACCCACCCCUCAACCAGGUGGGAUCAGAAAGAAUGAGUUUUCUGAAGAGACGUAG